AGCGGUGGUGGCGGAGGGGGGGAAGAUGUCGGGCGGCGAGGCCCGUGACGCCAAGAAGCUGGUGCGGUCGCCCAGCGGGCUGCGCAUGGUGCCCGAGCACCGCUCCGCCCGCAGCCCCUUCGGCCUGGACGAGCCGCCCUGGGUGCCCGACAAGGAGUGCCCGAGAUGUAUGCAGUGUGAUACAAAAUUUGACUUCAUAACUAGAAAGCAUCACUGCCGAAGAUGUGGAAAGUGUUUCUGUGACAAGUGCUGCAGUAAAAAAGUGCCUCUGCCUCGCAUGUGCUUUGUGGACCCUGUGCGCCAGUGUGCUGAAUGUGCCCUGGUCUCUCAGAAAGAAACAGAGUUUUAUGACAAACAGCUUAAAGUACUCAUGAAUGGUGCUACAUUCUUUGUAACUCUGGGAACAUCUGAUAAAUCUGAGCUCAUGGUUUGUCGACUUUCCAACAAUCAGAGAUACCUGGUUUUGGAUGGAGAGAGCCACUAUGAAAUUGAAAUUAUACAGAUUUCAACUGUUCAGAUACUUACAGAGGGAUUUACUCCUGGAGAAAAAGAUAUUCACACUUACACCAGCCUUCUGGAGAGCCAGCAGAUUACUGAAGGAGGUAACACUCGUGCCAUAGGUAUGGUUCUGCAGUAUAAGGUACCAGGAUCAGAGGAGCUCGCGCAGAUGAAAUUUACAGCCGGUGAAGACUUCAGCUGUAACAGGAAGCUGUCAGCGAGCUGGCUGGCAGCGAUGCAUAAGGCAACGAAACUUCUUUACGAGUCCCGGGACCAGUAAGAACAGCAAAGUGGCCACUGGAGGGAAGACACCAGCCUCCAGGGAGCUGCCUUGUGCUUCUCGCUCGUUUGACAGCUGGUGACAUUUGCUGUUCUCGACCCUUUCUCAUUCCAGUGUGGUUCAUUAUGGCAGAACUGGCAAAUGCAAUGUGAGUAUUUUUUGGAACCAUGAGUAUUCACUAUAGUGUGCAAUAUGUAUACAGUUAAUGCUUUAAACAGCCUCACCUUUUAAGACUUUGUAUAUUUUGUUAAGCCUUUGUUGGCACUUAAUAUGAAAGUGACCUGCACUACAGCUAAUGUACAGCACAACUUUUAUAGUAACAAUUAUAUAUAUGGUUUGCUACAAAAAGCAAACAAAUGCGUAUGUCUCUUCUGCAGAGAAUAGUUUUUGGGUAUAGAUCUCAGGUUUUUCCCUCUAUCCAAAUGUUUAAAAUCAAUGUACAAGAAAAUCUGCCUUAGAUAUGAUUUUAUAGAAAUCACUUGGGUGUUUUUUUUUUAAACAUUUCAUUUUAAACACCUAAAUAUUUCACCAGAUUCCACCAAAUUGGACUUACAUGGACGUGACCUUGAAACUUCUGUAAUAAAUAAGCUUCCAGAAUAAUUUUUAGUUUUGUAUUUUCUUUUUGGUAACUAGCUUUUGUUAAUCUAACUGUAAUGCUAUCUGAAAUUGUAUACAAUUUAAUGUACAAAUAUGAAUAAAUUAAUUCACUUAUUUAAAAAAAA